CAACUUAGGAGCACAUGUGCUCCUUGGGAAAAAAGUUAGCGUCAAGCCCUGCAGUAAGUAAAACUUUCAGUUGAUACAGCAUAACGUUACUAGAUGAUCGAAAAUGAUGUCGAAGAAUGUGUACGAGGCUACAAAGAGAAAGAGAGGGUUCCUUGCCUCUUGGAAAACGGAGUACACCUGGGUGGAGGAGGGUGAUGGUAUUGGCAUGUAUUGUUCAGUUUGCCGCAGAUUCCCAGCCAAAGCUGACCGAAUGGGCUCGUUUUUCAAUGGGACAACAAACUACAGAAAGCAGGCGUUAGAUGCACACAACAAGAGCCGCCAGCAUUUGCAAUGUGUGCUGGCAAAGCGGGCUGCAGAAAACCCGUCAAAGGGGAUGCUUCAUGUCUGGACCUAGCGCGCAAACAGCGAGACCAUCCAACCAGUGGAAAAAUUAGUGAACACAGCUUACCGCAUCGUGAAAAGUGAGCUCCCCUUCACGUCCUAUGAGAAAACGGUCGCCCUUCUGAAAAAAAUGGAGAAGACAUUGGCUCUCAGUACAUCACCGAUGUAGCAUGUCGAAGGUAAGAGUGCUAGUGGCUACUCAGCUAGCUAGCUAGCUAGCUAACGUUAUUGCUAACUGCUUAAACGCGAUUGCUUGAGUCAUGUCAUAGUAACGUUAACUUAGCUAUGAGUUUCAUGCAGUUAGUCGGCUAGCAGCAAGCCACAUUAUAUAGUUAUGUACUAUGUACAGAUUUGUGGAUGUUAUAUUCACUGAUCUAUGGGAGGGCUUUGCAGCAGAAAUCAAAGCAGCACAUUUUUUAAGUGUACUGUCAGACUCUUCUACUGAUGUGAGUGGCAGAGACCUGGAAGGGGUUUUUGUCAGGAUCCUGAGCCAUGGACAGCCCAAGAACAUCUUCAUUGGUGUUGAGGAGCUCCAGCAUGCCACAGCGCCUGGGCAUUAUGCUGCAAUGAGCACUGCCCUGGAUAAGGCAGACCUAUCCCAGUGGAAUGAGAAGGUAGUGGGGCUGGGUACUGAUGGAGCUGCGGUGAUGGUGGGGAGGCUUGGAGGUGUCACCACACUCCUUCGUCUCGAAGUUCCCCACCUGAUAAACAUCCAGUGCCUCGGCCAUGGCCUCGAGCUGGCUGCCUUGGAUGCCAUGAAAGACCAUGAAAGAACGAGAAAGGUGAUGGAUAUCCUGAAGGGGCUGUAUAAACAGUACCAUCAUUCUCCGAAAGUGUGGAGAGAGCUGAGAGAUGUGCUAUCAAAAGGUCUGGAAACCCACCAACGUGGGAGGGACACGGUGGCUCCCGCACAUAGAGAGGGCACUCAGAGUCAUGCUGGGAAACUAUCCUGUGUUGCUUGCUGAGAUG